UAUAAUCAUGAAUUUUUCUUCUGGGGUUUGUGAUUUUCAAACAUAUUUUUAAUAUAUACCCCAAGCUUUGGGUUUUGAGAUUUAUUUUGAUCACUAGUUGUUCUGAGUGAAGUUUUACCUUUUCCCCAACUUUUUUCAAAAUCUUCAUGAGAUGAUGUUGUUUCAGCCACUAAAUUCAAUUUUUGUUGCUGUCUUUUUUAAGAUCUUUCGCUCAUUUUUUUCCCUGUUACUGAAAGGGAAUAUUGGAUUGGUUAAACCUAUGGAAUUAGGUUCAAAUCCAAAGCCUCCUAUGUUGGAGAAAAAGGCAAGGCCUCAGAAAGAUCAAGCCUUGAACUGUCCACGGUGCAAUUCAACCAACACCAAAUUCUGCUACUACAACAACUAUAGCCUCUCUCAGCCCAGAUACUUCUGUAAGACUUGCAGAAGGUAUUGGACUGAAGGUGGCUCUCUCAGGAAUGUUCCUGUGGGUGGAGGUUCCAGAAAAAACAAGAGACCUUCUUCUUCUUCUUCAUCUUCUUCAGCAGCACCAAAGAAGCUUCCAGAACCUUCUCCUCCGAACCCCACCAGCAACAAGAUCCAUCAAGCCCAGGAUCUUAACCUGGCAUACCCAACACCCCCAUCACUCCCUCCACAACCUGAGAUUUCCGGCAGCUCAAAUUCUUCGAGGGGUUUGAUGAAUUCCUUGAUGCCCAUGUCGGUUUCAUCAGAUGGAGGCAUGAUGUAUAACAGUAAUAGUAAUUCAGCCCAUCAUGGGUUUCCUUUGGAGUUCAAGCCUCAUCAUCAAGGGCUUAAUUUUAGCUUUGAGGGGUUUGAGAAUAAUGGGUUUGGAAGUGGUCUUCAUCAGGGAAUGCAAUUGGGUAAUUCUGCUGGUGGCGCAAGGAUCUUGUUUCCUAUUGAAGAUUUGAAGCACGUGCCAAGCACCACCCCUAGUCAUGAGUUUGAUCAGCAAAAUACUAGAGGAAGCCAUGGAGAUCCGAGUGGGUUUUGGAAUGGCAUGUUAGGUGGAGGAGCAUGGUAGAGAAACAGGAAUUCUUUUGUAUCCUACAGUGUAUAUGUACAUGGAAUGAUCAUGGUUUUCACGAUCUGAUGCAUUGACCUCAUCAUUUCACAUGCAUAACACUGUAUAGUACUUCAGAAUUUCUUUUACCGGGUAUAUUAGAAAAGGAUAAGAGGAGGAGGAAAGGUGUAAAAAGGAAAAAAAAGAAAAGAAAAAAAAAGGGUGAACAAGGAAGGUGGGUGCUUUUGGACUUUGCUUACUUUUUUCUUCUCCUUCAUCAUUUGGUGAGUGACUGUUUUGGAGUGAUCAUCAGAGAAAACCACUAACAAAUAGGGUACAUGGCUUUUUUCUGCUUUGGUUCUUCUUCUUCAUCAAUGAUCCAUUCCAUUUUAAUUUGUUC